GGGACGAAUGGAAGUAAUUUCGUAGCUUUAAUUUUUCGAAUCUUAUGUGAAAAGCUGCAACACCAUCAUGUAAAAAGGAACAAAAAUUUCGAUAUGCAGAUAGUACUUUAAGAGCUAGUCUCUUUAUUUUAAAUUGUGUUGUUUAUAAGUGUUGAAAUACAACAGUAGUUGGUUAAAAAAAAUCUGCACACCAACUACCCGUUAUGAAAGAGGAAGUUGUUUUAAUUUCAUUGAUAUGUUUGUGCUGGUCACAAAUACCAUUAGUCAAAUCUCAAACAUGUAACUGUGCAACAGAUUGUAUCACUAGCUGUGCUGCCGGAACUUUCUGGGAUAAUGCAGCAUGUGCCGCAUGUCCCCAAGGUUACUACUGUCCAGGAGGAGCCAGUGCAAAGACAAUCUGCAUAGCUGGAACAUACAAUACUGAUCCUAGCAAAUCAGCUUCAACAGACUGUUUAGAUUGUGCAGCUGGAGAAUACAGUGAUCCAGGAGCAACAGCAUGCAUCUCUUGUCCGAAAGGUAAAUACUGUCCAUCAGCAGGUACAGGAACCCCCACUUCCUGUGCUGCUGGGACCUAUUCUCUAGGAGGAGACGACAGCUGUACACCAUGUCCAAUAGGAAGUUACUGUCCAGCAACAGAUGAUGGACCCAGAGCUUGUGCCACAGGACAACACACAGCCAGCUCAAAUCAGCAGUCAUGUUCCCAGUGUCCAGAUGGUCACUAUUGUCCAAAUCAAGGAGCAGCAGUCGCCUGUCCUGCAGGUUUCUAUAGCAACGCUGGUGAUGGAGCAUGCUCAGCCUGUGCCCCUGGAUCAUAUACAGGCUCAACAGGAUCUACUACUUGUGACACAUGCCCAGAAGGAAAAAAAUGUGAGAAUGCCACAUCAACACCAACAGAUUGUGAUCCUGGCUAUGUGGCUGCAGCGGGAUCAUCCACAUGUACACUUUGUGCUAACGAUGAAGUAGCUAGUACAACACAGAAUAUAUGUGAACAAUGUCCGGCUGGAAAACAAUGUACAAAUCCAAUAAAUACCCCAGUAGAUUGUAACCCAGGAGAAUAUGCUGUGUUAGGAGCUGCGGCAUGUACAACAUGUCCUGCAGGAAGUUCUUGUGCCACAGCAACAGCCGCUCCUGUAGUUUGUCCUGCUAAUCAAUAUUCAGCUGCAGGAGCCAUGUCCUGUACAGAUUGUCCAGCUGGAUACAAAUGUGAUACGGCUGCAUCAGUACCAGUAAAAUGUGCACUGGGAGAGUUUAGUGCUGCUGCAGCAAUGGUCUGUUCCACUUGUUCUGCUGGGAAGUAUUGCCCGGAUGAAGCUGCUGCUGAGACAGAUUGUCCCAAUGGAUUUUAUGCUCCCGCUGGUCAAUCAACAUGUACUGCAUGUGAACCUGGGAAGGAAUGUUCUGAUAAAACUCAGUCUACAGAUUGUGCCGCUGGGACAUACUCACUUGGAUUACAAACCAGUUGUACAGCAGCUGAUGCUGGAUAUGAAGUACUUGACAAAUCAACAUCACCAAACCCUUGUGAUCCAGGAGAAUACAAUCUAGCAGGGUCUGCCUCCAAUUGUACGACCUGUCCUGGAGGUUCAUAUUGUCCAGUAACAACAGCUAGUCCAAUAGCUUGUAGUGCAGGAUAUCUUAGUAGUCCAGGAGCCACUGAGUGUGUCCAAUGUCCAGCCGGUUAUGAAUGUCCAGAUAAUACUGAUGCAUCCCAAAAUAAACAAUGUGCUGCCGGAUGGCACUCUGUCGCUGGAAAUAUGGCUUGUACACCAUGUACAGCAGGAUCUUACUGUUUCAGUGUUUCGUCAAGUGUAGAGAUACCCUGUGCAGACGGUCAUUAUUCCUUAAUCAAUUCAACCGUCUGUACAGUGUGUGAGGCUGGAAAAAUAUGUCCAAACAAAGAUGGCACCGGCAUACAAGAUUGUAUAGCAGGAACCUACUCUACCGCUGGACAGACUGUCUGUACCGAUUGUCCUGCCGGUCAUGCUUGUCCAUCCACAACAACGACACAAACUGAUGAAUGUCCAGCAGGAACAUAUUCGAUUGCCAAGUCAACAUCCUGUACACCAUGUCCAGCUGGAAAGGCGUGUCCAACAACAAGUCAAGCUGUUGAAGUCGUAUGUGACCCAGGAACUUAUUCAUUAGACAAUCAGACAGUCUGUACACAAUGUCCAAUAGGGCAAGAAUGCCCAGAUGUAGACACAAACUCUACCAUUAAAAACUGUGAACCUGGUUACUAUUCCCUUGGCAACCAGAAGGAAUGUACUCUUUGUGAUGAAGGUUAUGAAUGUCAACACACAACACAGGGUCAGACAAUCUGCCAACCAGGAUUUUACAGUGCUGCUGGAUCAACAAAUUGUACUGGGUGUGAAUCAGGCUAUUAUUGUCCUGAACCAGAAUAUUCUAGAAGAUCAGAAUGUCCUCCAGGGACCUAUUCUAAUGGUGGAGCCACUGCCUGUUCUAAUUGUAAUGAAGGAUUCCAGUGUGCUAUGGGAUCAACCAGUCCAUCACCGGCUGAUGGCCUGUGUCCGGCUGGAGGAUGGUGUGACGGGAAGAACUUUUACCGCUGUGAACCAGGACUUUAUAAUCAAUACAACGGAUCUACAGAUGCAAGUGCUUGUGUGGCUUGUCCACCAGGAUACUACUGCCAAGGACCUGGAGAAGUGGACUACAAUAACUACCCCUGUCCUGAAGGUCACUACUGCUUAUCUGGGACCACACUCAGUGUACAGUACCCAUGUCCAGGUGGUACCUACCUUGAUGAGAUGAAUGCCACCAGUGUUUCCCUGUGUAAACCCUGUCCUGAAGCUAAGUACUGUCAACAAGGAUCCACAACAGACGGAAUAGAAUGUCCAGCUGGAUUCUUCUGUGUAGGAAAUCAAGCAUCAGGAUUCCAGAAUGCCUGUCCCAUAGGAACUUAUGGACCUGAUAUUGGUUAUAAAAAUGCCAGUGAAUGUACUGCAUGUCCAGCUGGAUUUUACUGUCCAGCAGGAACCCAGUCAGAACCUAGGACUUCACCAAUCCCAUGUGAGCCAGGAACCUACAAUCCAACAGAACAUACUGGUCACCCUCUCAACUGUAAAGCAUGUGAAAAAGGCUUUGCCUGUCCUGAAAUUAACCAGACUGCAUCAACAAUGCCAUGCAAGCAUGGUUAUUUUUGUCCAGCUGGAACUAUAGUGGACGACCAGUUUCCUUGUCCACCUGGAUCUUAUACAAACAGUACAAACUUAACGUCUGCAGAUGAAUGCAGCACUUGUCCACUGGGAAUGUAUUGCGAUUGGGCUUCAGGAUGGCCUGAUAAUCCACCACAGCCAUGUCAGCCUGGGUUCUAUUGUCCACUACAAACACCAUCGGACAGUACAUACCCUUGUCCAUCAGGAACAUUUUCUACAGCUUCAGACUUGUAUGAUGCUUCACAGUGUACACCAUGUACCCAGGGCUAUUACUGUAAUGGAGGAAAUAGUGCUGUGUCUGGGAUAUGUCCGACAGGGUUUUACUGUCCUGAGGGGACAAGAAUUGCUACAGAGUUUGGUUGCCCUAACGGUACCUAUAACGAUGGACUAGGAUUGUACGCCGAGUCUCAGUGUAAAAACUGUACACUAGGACAUUACUGUGAGUUUGCUGUGUAUGUACCAACUGAAUGUGAGGCUGGAACUUACAUGCCUUAUGGAGCAGAUACAUUAGGGGUUGUCGUAGGCACUCCAGCUAAAAGACAGUUUGACUGUUUCGAUUGUCCUGGGGGAUUCAACUGUCCCCAGGGUACAGGAACGACCACACCUAUAGACUGUACUGUGGGAUGGUAUUCAGAACCAGGCCAAUCUAUAUGUCAAGUUUGUGAAAUCGGACACUAUUGUGACAAUGCCACCACAUCAGAGGAAGCCAUGUUAACUGAUAAGAGAUGUACUGCAGGACUUUAUUGUGUGGCAGGUCUAACCACUCUCAAUGAUGCCACUCAAUGUACUAUUGGAAAAUACUGUUUAGAAGCUACUGUUGAGGAGACCAACUGUCCAGUAGGAACGGUCAGAAAGACUGUUGGUGCAGCAGCCGUGACUGAUUGUGCUCCUUGUGAUGCUGGAUACUAUUGUUUGGAAGGAUCGUCAGUGCCUACGGGACUAUGUGAGAAAGGAUACUACUGCCCUACUGAUAUAACAAAUACUUACGGCUCAGUGCCAGCUCUGAUUGGAUCAUAUGGUUCUAGACAGGCCCAGUGUCCAGAGGGAACCUAUACUGAUGUUGAGGGUACCCCUGAUCUAGCCAGUUGUAAACCCUGUAGUGCUGGAUAUUAUUGUCCAAUAGCAUCCAGUGUUGAGACCCUUUGUGAUCGUGGAUAUUACUGUGUUGCCAACUCCUCCAAACCAGAACCUUGUCCUAUUGGAAGAUAUGGAAAUGUAUCAGGACUACCAUCCCUGGAGAGCUGCCCCCUCUGUGACCCUGGACAGUAUUGUGAUGCACCAGGUCUCCUCCAGCCCAGAGCUCCAUGUGACCCUGGUUACAUCUGUAUUCUUGGAGCUACCAGUUCAUCACCAACAGAUGGCGUCACUGGAUCAUUGUGUCCAGCAGGAGGAUAUUGUGUACUAGGUUCCUAUGAAGCAGCGCCAUGUCCAUUAGGAACUUACAGUAAUACCUCUGGAGCUGUGAAUGAUUAUGAUUGUACGGACUGUGACCAAGGAUAUUAUUGUUCCUCUGUCGCCGGAGGUGCACCGACAGGACAGUGCUGGGGAGGACAUUUUUGUAACGGUAGUGCUAAAGUACCAUACCAAUGGGAGACCGAUCCAGGUCACUUUGCUAUAAAUGGGUCUACAGCCCAGGAGGAGUGUGAGAUAGCUACUUUCAUGCCUUACCAUGGUUAUGCUGAAUGUUUCGAGUGUCCACCUGGAGCCUACUGUCCAAAUAAAGCCAUGACAGAAUUCUUCAUUUGUCCAGCUGGAAAAUAUUGUGCAAAUGGAACUUAUGUACCAUUAGAUUGUCCACCAGGAACAUUUUCUGAUAGAGAGAACAUGACAGACAUAUUUAAUUGUACUGACUGUCCAGCUGGAUCAUUCUGUCAGGAUCGUGGUUCUGUGAACGUAACAGGACCGUGUAAAGCUGGACACAUUUGUUACGGGAACGCCUUGUCUGAUGAUCCCGUAUAUAACAAUGAUACAGCCGGAAACAAGACAAUAAUAACUUAUGGAGACACCUGUCAUCCUGGAUACUACUGUCUGGCUGGUACUGCUGUGAUGACACCAUGUCCGCGAGGGACGUAUAACCCUGACAGAGGAGGCACAUCAGAGGCAGCAGCAUGUCUACCAUGUGAUCCUGGGACGUAUUGUAACGACACAGCACUCACUGAUGUUUCUGGUGAUUGUGAUGCAGGAUAUUAUUGCACAACAGGAUCCUGGAUUCCCGACCCUGUCAACAGUACCGAGGGUGACAUCUGUCCACUCUAUCACAUCUGUCCAACAGGAAGUGAUGCACCACAACAAUGUGCUAUUGGUUACUAUGCCAACAAUACUGGUCUGUCUGUGUGUACCUUGUGUAUUGCUGGCUAUAUGUGUUAUCCUGGUGUCGCACCACAAAUAUGUCCACAAGGAUAUUACUGCCCAGCUAGUACAUUAGCUCAACAAUUACGUCAACCCAAGGCCUGUCCUGUGGCAACCUAUGGUAACCGUGAGGGUCUGGAGGCUGAAACAGACUGUACGACAUGUGAUGGAGGAUAUUACUGUGAAACUACAGCUCUUACCAAUGUGACAGGCCCUAUACAAGCAGGACAUUUCUCACAAUAUGGAUCUGGAGUGGUUACCCCUGGUGAUGACCCUGGAAUCAUUUCUGGUGUUUGUCCUAAAGGUCAUUACUGUCCACAGCAGAGUUCUCUACCAACAUCCUGUCCAGCUGGAACUUAUGGAUUUUCGAUCAAGCUACAAUCUGAGGCUGCCUGUACAAGUUGUGAUGGAGGGUACUACUGUCCCAGUCAGAACAUGACUGACAAAGGACCACAGUGUACUGCUGGGUACUAUUGUAGCGCUAAAUCACCUGAACCAACACCUGUCAAUGAAACCUUUGGAGAUAUAUGUCCUGCAGGAUCAUACUGUGAGAUUGGAUCACAGGGUCCUACACCAUGCCCAGCAGGGAAAUACACCAACCAGACAGGGAUGGCAUCAUGUUAUAAUUGUCCAUUGGGACACUACUGUUUAGUGGGUACCUCCAGUCCAGAACCUUGCCCCAUGGGAUACUGGUGUCCAAUCAAUUCAGAGCUACCCUAUGCCAAUCCAUGUCCUACAGGGAAAUACAACAAUAACACAGGACAGGAUCAGGCUACGGAUUGUACUGCUUGUCCACCAGGAUAUUACUGUGAAACCCAAGGACUCGCCAUGCCAACAGGAGAAUGUAAUGGUGGCUGGUACUGUAUAGAAGGAUCAGAGUUUGCAGAACCUAAUGUGGUCGCCCAAGGAGGAGAGUGUCAGGCAGGCAACUUCUGUCCUAAUGGUAGCUCUACACAGACACCUUGUACACCCGGAUACUAUUGUGACAAUAAUGGUUUAUCCAAUGAGACUGGUCUGUGUUCAGCAGGAUAUUAUUGUAAUGGAGGAUCAUCUACACCCACACCAGUAGGUCAGGCUUAUGGUGAUGUAUGCCCAAUGGGUCAGUAUUGUCCUAUUGGUAGUCCAAGUGGUACCAACUGUCCCCCAGGGACUUACCUCAACACAACAGGAAGUACUGACCUGUCUGACUGUCACACCUGUCUACAAGGGUAUUACUGUGCUGGGUAUGGAAACCCUGCAGCAUCAGGGCCUUGUACUGUAGGAUAUUAUUGUCCUACUGGAAUGAAUAUAACAACACCAGGAGAAUACACCUGUCCACAAGGCCAUUACUGCCCAGAAGGAAGCCAUCAGCCAAUCAGAUGUGAUUCAGGAACUUACCAAGAUGAGACUGAACAGGGAACCUGUAAAGUAUGUCCUACUGGUUACUUCUGUGACAAUGUCAAAGCACCAGUAGUAUUGUAUAACAGUUCUGUUUGUCUUGAAGGCUAUUACUGUCCAAAUGGUACAAAGUAUGAUAAUGAGUACCCCUGUCCCACAGGAACAUACAGUAACUACACAGGUCUACAGAUGGAGUCUGACUGUCUCUUGUGUCCGGGAGGAUAUUAUUGUGAUUUACAAGCCCAGACGGAUUAUUCCAAGAUUUGUUCUGCAGGAUACUACUGCCGACAAGGGGCCAUGACUGCAACACCUAAUCAAGGAACAGAUGCUGAUGAAUGUCCAACUGGUCACUAUUGUCCAAUCCAGACCACUGAACCGGUCAAAUGUCCAAAAGGAACAUACUCAAACAUGACCAAACUGAUUGCAGAAAGUGAAUGCGUCAAUUGUACUGCAGGUUACUAUUGUGGACAGCUUGCUUUAUUAGAUCCAGAGGGAUUCUGUCAGGAGAGAUACUAUUGUCCAGAAAGUUCUGACCUGGCUACAUUCCUGGACUGUCCAAUGGGUGCCUACUGUCCAACAGGAAGUGCUAUACCCACGCUGUGUCCAAAUGGAACCUACUCAAAUGCAACGAACUUGAAGAUGAGUUCUGAAUGUACAAUUUGUCCUGGUGGUUACUAUUGUGAAACAGAGGGACUCAUUAUACCAACAGGAUUAUGUGGAGAAGGGUAUUAUUGUCCAGACGGAACCAUACAGAAAGAACCACCAUUAACAUUCUGUCCGGUAGGAAACUAUUGUCCAACAGGUGUGUCACAACCUAUACCAUGUAGGAAUCAGACCGAGAAUAACCACACCCAUGCCAUUGAAUGCUACCCAUGUCCAGCAGGAUUUUACUGUGCCAUCUCAGGCCAAAGUGAGAUCUGCCCUGCAGGAUACUACUGCCCUGCUGGCACUGGAUUGGACUGGAAGAGCUGCCCACGAGGAACCUACAGUAAUGUACUAGGCCUAUAUGAUGAAAGCCAAUGUAAACCAUGUCCUGCUGGCCAGUUUUGUGAUGGGGAACAUCUCACAACACCUUCAGGCGAUUGUUCUGCUGGUCAUUGGUGUAUGCAGGGAAUAGACAGAGAUUAUCCGAAUGGCCUUAAUCAAUCUAGUCUGCUCAACAACACAUGUUAUGAUGACAGAGAGCUCGGAUAUGGUGGUCUUUGUUUCCGUGGUCACUACUGUCCAAUGGCAACAUCUUAUCCAAUCGUAUGUGACAAUGGAACUUAUGCAAAUGUAGAAGGCUUAUCCUCUUGUGAUCAGUGUCCAAUGGGUUAUUAUUGCCCACAAGGAACAGCCAAUUAUACUGAUUACCCAUGCCCUACUGGUCACUACUGUCCUGUCAGUACCAAGAACUGGAACCAGUAUCCAUGUAACUCUGGAACAUUUAACAACCAAACACUGAGAACUGCUAGUGGAGACUGUCUAAAUUGUACAGGAGGAUAUUAUUGUGGACAAACUGGUUUAUCUGAACCAUCUGGUCCAUGUGCUGCAGGAUUUUAUUGUGAUGGUGGCUCCAUUGUUGACAUGCCAUCAGGUGCUGGUGGGAACCAGUGCACUGCAGGGUACUAUUGUCCUGAAGCCUCAGCUUUUGCUGUAGCAUGUGACCCUGGUUAUUACUGUGCUAAUAACAGACUUAAUGAAACAUCUGGAAAAUGCAAUCCUGGAUAUUACUGUACCAGUCUUGCUACACUAGCUAACCCUAUUGAUGGAGUAACAGGAAACAUCUGUCCAGAGGGAGCUUAUUGUCCCGAAGGAAGUCCAUCUCCUACCCUGUGUCAAGCAGGAUAUUACCUCAAUAGUACGGGAAAUGAUGACAUGUUAGACUGUAUCCUGUGUACACCUGGAAUGUAUUGUGGUGGAAGUGGGAACAGUGUUCCUGACGGACUGUGUAGUGCAGGAUGGUACUGCCCAGGUGGUCAAGAUACAUCUAUGCCAACAGGAUACAAUUGUACACUAGGACAUUAUUGUACCGAGGGUAGUUCAGCACCAUUGAGAUGUGCCUCAGGUUCAUAUCAAGAUGAGCUUGGACAGUCAAAUUGUAAGGGAUGUCCAGACGGAUAUUUCUGUGAUAAUGUCAUGGAUCCAGUGGUGCUAUACAACAAUUCCUACUGUCCAACAGGAUUUUACUGUCCAGAAAAUACAACCAUGUCCAAUGAAUUCCCUUGUCCAGCUGGAACUUUUAAUAACCAAACACACCAAUCUUCUGUAAGUGACUGCCAACAAUGCUCUGGUGGGAUGUACUGUGACCAGACCGGACUAAGUCAACCAGUUGGACAAUGUCUGGCGGGAUAUUACUGUCUGUAUGGAGCUAAUAGUUCUACACCAUCUCAACCUAGUAAUGCUGAUAUUUGUCCAGAAGGUCUCUAUUGUCCCUUAGGUACUGUCAGCCCUCAGUCUUGUCCUCCAGGAACAUUUAAUCCUACAACAGGAAGACAGAGUGUAGAUGAAUGUACUAACUGUACCUCUGGUUAUUAUUGUCCUAGUUACAACAUGACAGCAGCAGUCGAUCUGUGUCUAGCAGGAUAUUACUGCCCUGAUAAGGCUGAUGUUGCUGCCUUUAUCAUAUGUCCAGCCGGAUCUUACUGUCAAACAGGAAGUGGUUCACCAACAGCAUGUCCUGCAGGGACUUUCUCAAACAUGACAGGACUUACAGCAGAAGCUCAGUGUACUAACUGUUCUGGAGGAUACUAUUGUCCUGAUACAGGCAUGACAGAUACAGGAUACCAAUGCUGGGGAGGAUACUACUGUCCCACGGGAAUAUCUGUACCAAACCCUGUGGGGUACCUCUGUCCACAGGGACUGCAUUGUCCCAAUGGAAGUGAAAUUUACAAGCAAUGUACAGAUGGAACAUACACCAGUACAACAGGGGAGAGUUCAUGUGCAGUAUGUCCACAAGGUUCCUACUGUCUCCCUGUCAUACCAGACAACUCAACAGAUAACAUCAAAGACUGUCCUCAAGGAUAUUAUUGUCCUCAAGGUACUGGAAGAGAUUGGAUGUCGUGUCCAUCAGGGACAUAUUCUAAUGCACUGAGUCUGUACGAGGAGAGUCAAUGUUUACCAUGUUCUGCUGGGAAGUAUUGUAUGGGAACACAUCUAACUACUGAUAGUGGAGAUUGUUCUGCAGGCUACUAUUGUACAUCAGGAGUGGAUCGUUCUAUGCCUGGAGCCAGUAACGACACAGCCAUGGCAAACUGUUCCUGUCCAUCUACGACUUACUUUACUGGUGUGGGAGGUAUCUGUCCAAUCGGUCACUACUGUCCAACAGGUACAGAUGUACCCAAGGAAUGUCUGGCUGGAAGCUAUACCGAUAUGAUUGGCCAGUCUGCAUGCACAACAUGUCCCGAGGGAUUUUACUGCUUGACCAACGCUACUGAAUAUUUAUCAACACCUUGCCCAGUUGGUCAAUACUGUCCAAAUGGUACACAGUACGGAACACAGUAUCCAUGUCCUGCAGGAACUUACAACCCCUCCACACAGAGAACAUCACUGACCGAUUGUAUUGACUGCCCUGGUGGAGAAUAUUGUGAAGGAGUAGGUAACUCUGCACCGACUGGAAACUGCACAGCAGGAUGGUACUGUUCUGGUGGUGCUGAUAGUCCAAAUACAACAACAAAUGGCGGGAAAUGUCAACCUGGAUACUACUGUCCUGAACAUUCUUCUGACCCUACACCAUGCCCAGGAGGUCAGUUCUGUCAGUUUGAUGGUCUAGACAUGCCUACAGACAACUGUUCUGCUGGGUACUACUGUAUAGCAAGGGCAACAACUCCAACACCAACAGAUGGCAUUACUGGUGACCUUUGCCCUGCUGGAUAUUAUUGUAUAGCAGGAGCAUCUUACCCUACACCAUGCAACCCUGGAACGUACUCUGGUAGUACAGGAAAUACACAGUCUGGUGAUUGUCUGCAGUGUAGCUUUGGAGAGUAUUGUGGAAGCUACAAUCUCACUGAAACAACAGGAAACUGCACUGCUGGCUACUACUGUCCACAAGGGCAGACAACUGACACACCAUUUUUGUGUACUAUCGGCCAUUAUUGCAAAGAAGGAACAGCGACGCCCACAAUCUGUCCAAGUGGAUUUUAUCAGGAUUCGACAGGCCAAUCAGAUUGUAAACUAUGCCCCAGUGGAUAUUACUGUGACAAUACAGCUGGAGUGGUUGUCGUGAAUGACACAGUCACAUGUCCUGAGGGAUAUUUCUGUCCAGAAGGUACUGAGAGAAGCAACCAAUGGCCUUGUCCACUAGGAACAUUCAACAACCUAACUGGUCUGAAUCAGAGUUCUGACUGUACCCCAUGUACUGGAGGAUAUUACUGUGGCAUUGUGGGACAGUCUGCACCGACUGCUCAGUGUGAUGCAGGUUAUUUCUGUAAGAGAUAUGCUGAGAUGUCAGCACCCAAUCAGACAACAGAUGCAGAUACUUGUCCUCAAGGAUCCUCUUGUGUCAUGGGCACCACCACUCCUGACGCAUGCCCACCUGGUACAUUUGGCGCUUCAACAGGAUUGAGAAAUGUGACUGAAUGUACACCUUGCACAGCAGGAUACUACUGCCAGACACCAGGACUAUUGAACAACGAAGGUCUCUGUAACGCUGGGUACUUCUGUGUAGAGGGAUCAGACUCUCCCAACCAAGAGAUUUGUACCAGUGGUCACUUCUGUCCACUGGGGACAGGUACACCAGAGAGAUGUCCAGAGGGCACAUUUAACUCCUACUCAGGAUUAAACAGUUCUGAUCAAUGUACACCAUGUACAGAAGGACAAUAUUGUAUGGACGAAGGUCUGAAUGCUACCUCUGGACCUUGUGAGCCUGGUUAUUACUGCCCACCUGGGCAAAAUUCAUCUCGCCCAUUAGAUUAUCCUUGCCCAGUGGCUUAUUAUUGUCCAAUCAAUUCAUCCCAACCAAUACCAUGUGACAAUGGAACAUACAUGAAUCAUACCCUAGGAUCAGAAUGCUAUACAUGUCCUGCUGGUUGGUACUGUCAACAAGGAUCUGUAGUGGGUCAAUGUCCAAUCGGUCACUUUUGUCCAGCUGGAACAGGAUUUGAUUGGCAGCAGUGUCCAGUAGGUACCUAUAACAACGAGACUGGACUGACCAUUGACAGUGAAUGUAAACCAUGUCCAGGUGGCCAUUACUGUGAUUCUCUAGGAAUGUCUACGUCCUCUGGACAAUGUCUGGCUGGUUAUUUCUGUGAAUACGGUGUAGAUAGACAUGAUCCAAAUGGAAAUGGAACGUGUACUGGUCCAGGUAGUCAGACAGGAGUUGGAGGAAUCUGUCCAGUUGGUCAUUACUGUCCAAUAGAAACAACCCACCCUAUACCAUGUGCUGCAGGAUCCUACAGUAAUGUGACAGGACUAUCUACAUGUUAUAACUGUCCAGAGGGUUAUUACUGUCUGCAAGGAGCUGAAGAAUAUGCUGCCACACCAUGUGACCCUGGUUACUAUUGUCCAUCUGGUACUAUUUCAUCUACACAGUAUCCCUGUCCUGCUGGUACCUAUUACAACCUAACAAUGGCAAGAGAUGUAAUGGAUUGUCUCCCCUGUCCAGGAGGAGAAUAUUGUGCAACAGAUGGACUUGGUUAUCCAACUGGAAAAUGUUCACAAGGAUGGUAUUGUACUAGUAAUUCUAGUUCAGCCACACCCACUAGUCCCGAGGGUGGGGAAUGCCAGGCAGGGUUCUACUGUCCAGAAGGAUCGUAUGCCCAACAACAAUGUACACCAGGAACCUACUGUCAGACAACUGGACUAGCCACACCCACUGGCAAUUGUACAGCAGGAUAUUACUGUGUAUUGGAGGCUUCAAUCCCCAACCCAACUGACAACAUAACAGGAAAUGAAUGUCCAGUCGGUCACUACUGUCCAGAGGGAAGUGCGGACAAACAACCUUGUACCAUGGGUUAUUAUCUUGACGUUACUUUACAGGACGAAAUAAUUGAUUGCAAACUUUGCCCAGGUGGCCAGUACUGUGCAGGAUCAGGUCUAGAACUACCUACCAGUAACUGUUCUGCUGGGUACUACUGCCCUGGUGGUCAAAACAUGUCCAUGCCUACAGAAUACAACUGUCCAGUUGGCCAUUAUUGUCCUGAGGGUACAGAUGCAGCCCUCAGAUGUGAAAAUGGAACAUACCAAGAACAGGAAACACAAAGUUUGUGUAAGAUCUGUCCGUCUGGCUACUUCUGUGAUAAUACUGUCAGUAUUGUUGUCCUUGACAACACAACGACCAUUUGCCCCAUGGGAUACUAUUGUCCAGAAGGAACAAGGUACAGCUUGGAACAUCCAUGUCCUAUUGGAACCUUCAAUAACAGAACAGGUCUUCAGAUGGAAUCAGAUUGUACCCCAUGUUUAGGAGGAUAUUAUUGUCCAAUGGUUGGUAUGGUAACACCAAUUGACAUGUGUGACUCUGGAUUCUUCUGUAAACAGUAUGCCAAUAUCUCAGCACCAGAUCAAGGAGUGGAUGCUAACAUUUGUCCAGAAGGAUUUUACUGCCUGGUGGGAACAGCUAAUCCUAUCCCCUGUCCCAAAGGUACAUACAGUAAUGGUACUGGACUAGAAGCUGAAGUGGACUGUGUACUAUGUCCUGCAGGAAGUUACUGUGCUGAAACAGGCUUGACCAAUACCAGUGGUCCAUGUUCUGAAGGAUACUACUGUGAGAUAGCCUCUAACCAUUCAAGAAGAGACAUAUGCCCUGUUGGAAAUUAUUGUCCUGAAGGAUCUGGUUCCCCAACUCCAUGUCCAAGUGGAACCUAUACUAACACAGAAGGUCUGGCAAACAUAACCCAGUGUACAUCAUGUGAUCCUGGAAAAUACUGUAAUGAUACAGGACUUUCAACAUAUACUGGAGAUUGUGAUCCAGGAUUCUAUUGUCCAGGAGGAGAUUCAGUACCAAACCCAGUUGUUACGCCUUGUCCAAUUGGUCUUCAUUGUCCAAUGGGAAGUGGUCUACCAGUACCAUGUGAACCAGGAAGUCAUACCAAUCUGACACAGCAAUCAGAAUGUCUGAUUUGUCCUGCUGGAUUCUAUUGUGUACCAGAAGAAGUUAUUCAAGGAAAUUCCACAUCAGGAUACAGGUCAUGUUCCAGAGGAUUUUAUUGUCUGGCUGGAACUGGAAGGAACGAGUCUGCAUGUCCAGCUGGAACAUACAGUAACCAGUUAGGUCUGGCUGACCAAUCAGAAUGUCAGCAAUGUACUGGUGGCAUGUAUUGUGAUAGGACAAAUCUUACAGCACCAGUAGGGUCAUGUGACCCAGGAUACUUCUGUACCAUUGGUGUAGACACCCCAACUCCAACAGGGAACCAUACUGGAACAGGAGGAAUUUGUCCACUGGGAUACAAAUGUCCAGGAGCAACUGUACUACCAGAAGGCUGUGAACCAGGAUCAUACCAGGAUCAAGAGAACCAAGCAUCAUGUAAACCAUGUAUGGCUGGAUAUUACUGUAUUUCUAACAGUACAGACUACUCUGACAAGAUAUGUCCAUCUGGUCACUACUGUCCAACAUCUACAGAGUAUGACAUACAGUAUCCAUGUCCAGUCGGUACUUUCAAUAAUCUGACAGGUCAAGCCAAUGAUUCUGCCUGUGAACAAUGUAGCCCAGGACAUUACUGUGCCUCUCCAGGACUGUUUAUGCCAACAGACAUGUGUGACCCUGGAUGGUACUGUACACUUGGGUCAUCAUUAGCCCAACCCACCUCACCAGAAGGUGGCAAAUGUGUGGCUGGUCAGUACUGUCCUCAGGGAAGCUCCGCCCCCUUGGGUUGUGAACCUGGACAGUAUUGUGAUGUGGACAUGAUGAGCAGUCCCCGUGGUGACUGUGCUACUGGUUAUUACUGUAACAGUAACUCUUCAACAGACAAACCAACAGGAACUGGAGGUGACAGAUGUCCCCCAGGCUAUUAUUGUGAGAUCGGAAGCCACACCCCUAGUCCCUGCCCACCUGGAUAUUUCCAGCCAAGUUACAGAGCAGAGAAUGUCACCUGGUGUAUAAUGUGUACAGGAGGCAAAUAUUGUAAUGCUUCAGGGUUGUCAACAGAAGAUGGAGAAUGUGACGCAGGAUAUUACUGUCCAGAGGGCCAGGUUGUCAGAGAUCCCUCAGCAUACCUUUGUCCAGCAGGCUAUUACUGUCCACUGGGGUCACCUAGUGAGACAUUGUGUCCAUCAGGGUCAUACCAAGAUGAGACCGGUCAGUCAACAUGUAAGAAUUGCCCUGAAGGUUUCUACUGUGACAGUUCUGUAGGACCAAUAGUCAACUACACACUGUAUGUGUGUCCGGAAGGUCAUUAUUGUCCAAAUGGAACCAAAGUUUCCAGCCAGUACCCAUGUCCAGCUGGAACGUUCAACAAUGGAACAGGUCUUCGGUCAUAUACAGAAUGCUCAGACUGUCUAGGUGGAUAUUACUGUACCAGUGGAACAACAAACCCGUCCUUACCCUGCAGUGAGGGAUUCUUCUGUCAUACUGGAGCCAUGACUGCAGCACCAAGUCAGGGUGUCAAUGCUGACGAGUGUCCAGUUGGUCACUACUGUCCAGAACAAACAACUGAACCAAUAAAGUGCCCUAGAGGAACUUUUUCCAACAAUGUCAGACUCAGGAAUGAAUCAGAUUGUACUCCAUGUACUCAAGGAUCUUAUUGUAAUGACACAGCUUUGACGGCACCAACUGGCCUAUGUACUGCUGGAUAUUUCUGUGUUGUUGGCUCAGACAACCAUGCCCCAGAGAUCUGUACAGCUGGCAGAUAUUGUCCUGAAGGUUCACACACGCCAACCAGAUGUCCCGCUGGAACUUUCUCCAAUACGACAGGUUUAACAGCAGUAGGGGAGUGUACUAACUGUACCAAAGGAUCUUAUUGUCAAUCUACAGGGCUAACAGAUGUCGAGGGAAAUUGUACUCAAGGAUACUACUGUCCUGAAGGCUCAGACAAAGCAAACAACAUUAUUUGUCCUAUAGGAUUACAUUGUCCUGUAGGAAGUGAUGAACCAAGGUCCUGUUUAUCUGGUUACUAUACCAACAGGACAGGAGAAUGGGAAUGUGAUAUCUGUCCAAAUGGAUUUUACUGCCUACCAGAGAAUGUAACAGCAGGAGUACCUACCUCUGGUUAUUUCGACUGCCCCGCUGGCUACUACUGUCCUAAUGGUACUGGACUGGACUGGAUGCCUUGUCCUAAAGGAACUUACAGUGCUAAAACUAACUUAUACAUGGUCAGUCAGUGUACCGAUUGUGAUGGAGGAAAACAUUGCUCAGUAGAUGGAGCCACUACAGUAACAGGUGACUGUGAUGCUGGCUACUAUUGUCAGUCCGGAGUAGAUAGACCUAACCCAGAUAACUCUGCCACUAAUAGCUCCUACCCACCAACCUGUCCACUGAUUGGUGGUCAUACAGGAUAUGGGGACAUUUGUCCCAAGGGAUACAUGUGCCCUGUUGGUAGUGAGCUACCUACAGAGUGUCCAUCUGGUACCUAUCAAGAUGAGGAGGGUCAAAGUACAUGUAAGACAUGUCCCGAAGGAUUUUAUUGUACUACCAACUCCACCGACUUCUCCGACAAGCCCUGUCCAGUUGGUCACUACUGUCCAAACGGUACAACUCAUGCUAACCAGUAUCCAUGUUUGAAGGGAACAUACAACCCAGCAGAACAACAAACAAAUGUCUCGUCAUGUUUGGAAUGUGACGGAGGAAAAUAUUGUCCAUCAGAUGGAGCUGAAAACCCCGCUGGUAACUGCAGUGCUGGUUGGUAUUGUUAUGGAAGUUCAAUUAUGGCCAUGCCCUCUGACCCUGUCCAGGGAGGUCGAUGCAGUGUUGGUCAGUAUUGUCCUGAAGGUAGUGAAGCACCAAUAGAAUGUCCAGGAGGAGAGUAUUGUCAGACCACUGGACUGUCCACUCCAACUGGAAUAUGCUUCCAAGGGUACUAUUGUAAUAUCAGUGCUUUUGUACAGACGCCACCCCCUGGAAUGACAGGUGACAGAUGUCCGACCGGUCACUUCUGUCCAAUACAGAGCAGUACACCAACACCUUGUCCUAUUGGAUAUUACUAUGGAUCAACUGGAGCCACUCAAGAGUCAGAUUGUGUCAUCUGUACUAAAGGUAAAUACUGUGGAUCCUAUGGACUUACAGCAGAAACUGGUGACUGUGACCCUGGCUACUACUGUCCUGAAGGUCAAACUGUGGCCACACCUGCCAACUAUAGCUGUCCAUUAGGCUACUUCUGUGUGGGAGGGAAAGAGCUACCAGAACCCUGUGCAUCAGGAACCUAUCAGGAUGAACCAAUCCAAAGUACAUGUAAGACAUGUCCAGCUGGAUUUUACUGUAACGCCACAUUUGGUCCAGUUAUUAACUAUGCUACCUACAUCUGUCCAGAGGGAUUUUUCUGUCCAGACGGAACCAGAUAUCCAGAGGAAUUCCCAUGUCCUGAAGGAACUUUUAACAAUAGAACAGGUUUGAACAGUACAUCUGAGUGUUCUGAGUGUGUUGGAGGUAUGGCAUGUGAUGUUGAGGGACUGACCUAUCCGAUCAGGCCAUGUUCUGCGGGAUACUUCUGUCGACAGAGUGCUGACUCAACAACACCAAGCUUAGGAUCAUUGGCUGACCAGUGUCCAGCAGGAUCAUAUUGUCCAGUAGAGACAGCAGAACCAAUAGGUUGUCCAGAGGGAAGUUACAGCUCUGCCAUGGCAUUACAGAUGGAGAGUCAGUGUAUAAACUGUACGGGAGGCUACUACUGCAAUGAGACAGGAUUGACAGCUGUUGUUGGUCAAUGUCUGCCAGGAUUUUAUUGUCCAGUAGGGUCUAAAGUAUCAACAGAGAUCAUAUGUACUGCUGGAGCCUACUGUCCAAUAGGAACAGAAAAUCCUGUACCAUGUCCUGCUGGAAAGUAUUCGGAUGUUGGAGGACUUAGUAUGGAAUCACAGUGCAGUCUCUGCACAGAAGGAUAUUACUGUGAAACAACUGGAAUGACAAAUGUAACAGGACCUUGUAAAGAAGGAUAUUAUUGUCCCAACGGUUCUAGUGUGGAGACUCAGAUAAUCUGUCCAGCAGCCAUGCAUUGUCCUACAGGAAGUGCCACUCCACAGGAAUGUCCAGCAGGAAUGUUUGUGGACUAUGAUGGUGCUGCAGCAUGUUCAGUGUGUCCUGAAGGUUAUUAUUGUGUACCAGAACUCUCAAUAGAAGGAAAUUCAGCAUCAGCCAAGAAUAUCUGUCCAAUGGGAUUCUUCUGUCCAAAUGGAACUGGUCACGACUGGCAGCCAUGUCCAGCUGGAACUUAUGGUCUAAGUCAGGGAUUGAAGAAAGCUGAAGACUGUACACCAUGUACAGGAGGACAGUAUUGUGAAGGAACAAACCUGACCCAGCCUACAGGAGAUUGUCUAGCAGGUUACUACUGUGUUUCUGGUGUGGACAAAGCAAAUCCACUCAUGCUGAACGAUUCACAAUGUCCAACUGGUACUGUCCAUCCAAUCAUUGGUCACCAAUGUCCAGCAGGACAUUAUUGUCCAAUUGGUACAGAGUAUCCCAUUGGCUGUCCAGCUGGAUCUUACCAAGAUUUAACCAAUCAGAAUUAUUGUAAGGCCUGUCCUUUGGGUCACUACUGUUAUGCCAAUACUUCAGAUUAUACACCAAAUAUCUGCCCCGGUGGAUAUUACUGUGAGCUGAACACCACAGACAUUUAUGAGUAUCCCUGCCCGCCUGGUACCUUCAACAAUUUGACACAACAACACAGUAUAGCUGCAUGUGAAUCGUGUACACAGGGAAUGUAUUGUCAAGGUUAUGGAAAUGCUUAUCCAACUGGAAACUGCUCCGCUGGAUGGUAUUGUACUAAUGGAUCAAGUAUAGCACAGCCUACAGUAACAGGAGGUGAGUGUACAGCUGGUAAUUUCUGUCCAGAAGGAUCUUAUGAAAUGCAGAACUGUACAGCAGGAAAAUACUGCCCCACAAAUGGUCUGGAUGCACCCCUGGCAGAUUGUGAUGCUGGCUACUACUGCCCGGCCAGUUCCACUUCACCACAACAGAUUGAUUGUCCAGUUGGUCAUUAUUGCCCAACAGGAAGUGACCUACCAGACCCAUGUGCUAAUGGAACUUAUGGACCAAUAAUACGUCUCCAGGUCUCCAGUGAUUGUACUCCAUGUGAUGGAGGAUUUUAUUGUAACGGAACAGGACUGAAUGCCGUUAGUGGACAAUGUGAUGCAGGUUUCUAUUGCCCACCUGGACAGACACAACCUAACCCCUAUGAUUACAGAUGCACCCUGGGACAUUACUGUCUGGUACAGACGGCCACACCCACCAGAUGUAAUAAUGGAUUCUUCCAAAACGAGUUAGAGAAGGAUUCAUGUAAACCCUGCACUGAAGGUUAUUAUUGUGACAACAGCAUAGAAGCUAUAGGAGAUCUGACCAACUACACCUGUCCUCUUGGUCAAUACUGUCCAGGCCAGACAGAAUAUGGCAACCAGUAUCCCUGUCCAUCUGGUACCUUUAACAACAGAAGUGGUAUGGUGAAUGAAACAGACUGCCAGCAAUGUACACCAGGAUAUUAUUGUCAGAAUACUGGUCUUCCAGAGCCUCAAGGACUAUGCUUCCCAGGAUACUAUUGUAAUGGAAGCACCAUUGAUCCUAAUCCAGCAGACGGCCUCUGCCCAGUUGGUAAUUACUGCCCAGAAGGAAGCUAUCAACCAACAGCCUGUCCCGAUGGAACAAUAGCAGCCUCUACAGGAAAUGACAAUCUUACCGACUGCCAGCUAUGUAAACCUGGAAACUACUGUACUCCUGCAAGUUCUAAAAAUGGCCACAGCUUGCCCUGUGAUGCUGGUUUCAUCUGUAUGACGGGAUCCAAUGUUGCCAGUCCUACUGAUGGAUUGAUUGGCUACAUUUGUCCAGCUGGACACUACUGUCUAUCAGGUGCUGUCACGGAAACUCCUUGUGAUAUUGGAACAUAUGCUCCAAGUACAGGAUUAGGUGCUUGUUUGGACUGUCUAGAAGGAACAACUUGUCCGACUAUGGGCAUGAAUGCAACACUACCAUGUCCCUCAGGUCACUACUGUCUGAAUGGCACAUAUAAUGACGGAAUACCAUGUUCAAUAGGAACCUACAAUCCACACGAAGGACUGUCAUCAGAAGACGAAUGUCUUGCCUGCCCACCUGGUUUAUAUUGUGACCAGUCUGGAUUAUCUGCCCCUGCUGGUAACUGUUCUGCUGGUUUCCUCUGUUUAGGAAAUGCCACAGUCGCUGCACCAAAUGAUGGAGUCAAUGGACCUUGUCCUCAUGGUUAUUACUGUGAAGAAGGUACUGUAGCAGCUACUCUAUGUCCACGUGGAACCCAACGUAACCAGACAAAUGGAGCAUCUGAAAGUGAUUGUUUCCCAUGUGACGCGGGAUACUAUUGUGCCAAUGAAGGAAUGUUAGGUCCAUCCGGAGUAUGUCAGGCAAGAUACUACUGUCCAGAUACAUCUAAGAUCCAGAGUGAUGCACCAUCUGGUUACCAAUGUCCACCUGGAUUUUAUUGUCCACAGGGAACAGCUAAUCCAAUAGCUUGUCCACCAGGCAAGUACCAGCCAAACUAUGGUUCCAUUGAAUGUAUUGAUUGUCCAAGUGGUUUUUACUGCAUGUUAAACUCCAGUGAUCCCGAGCCAUGUUCACCAUUCUCAUACUGUCCUAAUGGAACAAUCAAUCCAAUACAAUGUCCAGACGGUCAAUAUACAGACAACUCUACAACAGGAUUAGAAAGAGCAGAUGAUUGUCCUUAUUGUCCAGCAGGAAAGUAUUGUACAGGAGGCCAAAUCACAGGUCCUUGUGCUGCAGGUUACUUCUGUCUGGCUAAUAUGACUAUACCAAACCCUGACAACUCCCUCCGCCCUGAUGGUGGCCUCUGUCCAUAUGGAUACUACUGCCCUGAAGGAACACCAGAUAAGCUGACUUGUCCAGAUGGAAAAUUCAUUGCCAUAGAGGGCGCCAACAGUUCUGCCGAUUGUAACGAAUGUCCGGGAGGUAGAGUGUGUGCACAUAACUCCACAUUGUCAGAACCGUGUUACAGUGGGUAUUAUUGUCCCUUCGGAUUUGCCAAUCCUAUCCCAUGUCCAGUGGAGACAUACAAUGACCUUCAGGAGGCAGACGACCUUGCCUGGUGUAAACUUUGCCCGUCUGGAUACAGGUGUAAUGAAACAGGAAUAGCAGACUAUACAAUAUAUCCGUGUCCUGUUGGAACCUAUUGUCCUAAUGGAUCUUUGGAUAUAUUACCAUGUCCGGUUGGUACCUACAGAGAUACAAUAGCAGCAGGUAAUAUAUCAGAUUGCCAUCUAUGUCCUGCUGGUAACAGAUGUCCAAAUGAGAGCAUGACUUACUCAGGAAUACAGUGUGACGAGGGAUACCAUUGUCCAGAUGGCGCUCAGAUCCAAGUCCUUUGUGCGGCAGGAUAUUACUGUAACUUCUCUAUGGCCCAGGUACCAUGUCCACCAGGGUAUUACUGCCCUAACGGAACAGCCUAUCCAAUACCAUGCCCACAAGGUCAUUACUGUGGAAAACUGGAUAGUUGUAAUGUGUCUGAUGCAGGUGCCAUUGAACCUGUUAUGUGUCCCCUUGGUUACAAGGAAUAUGAUGGAUCUCCAAGAGCCACUUUCGAGGACACAUGUGAACCAUGUAAACCAGGAACAUUUGGAGCGCACACGAGUAGAGCAGUAUGUGAAGCGUGUCGAGCAGGAGUAGUAUGUCUGGCAAUGGCAACAACGGAUCAACCUGUGGCAAAUGCCAGUUCUAUAGCGGAAAUAUUUGGACCGAAUGCUACAAACUCUUACCUAUGUCCAGCAGGAUAUUACUGUCCACAAAACAGUUCUUCUCCCACACCGUGCCCCGCAGGACGUUACAAUGCAUACAGUCAAGGAAAGAGUAUAAAUGACUGUGAACUUUGCCCUGUCAAUCAUUUUAACAAAUGGGAGGCACAAGAAGGGUGUUAUUUCUGUGGAGGCCAGGCCUUCCAAUCUGAGAGAGGACAAACAACAUGUGAUUGUACAGGAUCUGGACGAGAUUUCCAGGAGAGUGAUAGAACUUGUCCAUGUGGUGCAGGAUUUAUUGAGAAUACAGAUAUAAUAGAUUGUACAAAGAAAGUAUAUGACCUUUGUUUGUCGGGAACAACAAGAGCACAGAAUGGCGAGUGUCUAACCGACGGAGAAUGGGAGGACUACUGUAGUAAUUAUGUGUGUGACACUUAUGUUGGAUAUGAUCGUUACAUUGGAGUGUGUCUAUGUCAGUCAGAUUACUUGGAGGAUGUUUGUAACCUAGAAUGUAGAAUAGCCCAGCGUGAUAGAAUUGGUCUGGUCUGUGCCGAACCUCCGUUAGAAGUACACGUUGUGAUAAGACAUGCAAAUGAUUCAGUUUCUCAUGAAAUAACAUCAGACAACAUGCUAUCCUCCAUCAAUUCCCGAGAGGCCAUUACUCAGGACCAGUGUAGCUUGUUAGAUGGUACAGAAAACACAAUACAUUUAGUUGAAUCGGGUCCAUCAGGAUUUCUGGGCGUGUACAAUCCCACAACUAGUGAUGUUGUCUCCCUUUUCACAAAUAAUGUCAAGGACUCAUCAAUUACCUACAAUGCAUCAGUAGAUAGUAACCAAUAUACUGGAAGGCGUCGUCUACUGGCUACAUCAUCUCUGGCAAAUUCUACAUUUACUGGAAUAGCUAACCCAGUCACAUGUUUGGAGUAUGGUGAAAUAAUGGCAUGGGCAGUUAGUAACUCGUAUUACCCAGUUUAUGACAUAAACAACCUGUUCAACACAAAUGGUAACUUUGAUUAUGGUGGCUUUAGACUGUUAGUGGAGAGUAUGGUUCAGUCCACCUCAUCAGCCACUCUCUUCUUCUACCAGUUCAAUGACCCUGGUGUAUAUGUCUUCUAUGUCAGCAAUGAUGUCAACAAGAAAAUGUACAUUCGUGUAAUGGCCCAGAACUCAGUGUGUUCUGAAGACGGACCUUUCUUCCCACCAACAUCCCGAUACUUUGUACAGAACGGUAUUGGACUGGCUUCUGACAUCCUCCAAGCUCCAGACUGGGCUAUCAUCUUCAUCAUCCUAGGAGCUGCUCUGUUAGCCAUGGUUAUAAUGCUGAUUGCAUUGGUGUUGUUCCGUAAAUAUGGUUGGACAAAGACAUCAUACUUGUUCCCAUUCUACCGAGCAAGAACCAGGAAGUAUAACUUUGACGAUUAUUCCAGUAAAGGAUCCACCGUACAUCCUGCUAGAAAAUUCCACAGGAACAUGGAGGCAGCUGCUCUUCGUAGAGAUAAUCCAGAUGAUAAUAGACUUGCUAUACUGGAUGCCAAUGCCGUUGAAGUGAAGAGUGAUGACUUCUGGGACUAUGACAGACAAUGUGACUUAGAGGCAUUCAACACAAAAACUCUAUAUGACACACUGUCUAAACAAUCUAACAAGGUCACACAGACGAUCGGUAGACAGAAAGAUGAGGUCAAAAACAUGUAUCAAAGAGUAGCCAAUCAAAAUGAGUCUUUGAAAGGACUCUGGGCAGCCAAGAUGAAUUUGAAAGGACCUGGUGUAUUGGCUACAGAUGGUGACAUUGAAGUGUAUGAUGAAAAGUUGAGAGCUCUAGAAAAUGAACUUGAGAGAAGGAAGGAUGUAGGAAGACAGUUUGAAGAAAUCCUCAUCAGACAGAAAGAAUUAAUGACAGAUGAUGAAACAUGCAGAGAAAAACAUCAGGUUGAAUACCAAGCCUCACUCAGAGAAGCAGUGAGAACUUUACAGGAGCAUGUUAAACACAUACAGGAAGGAGGACUAAAUAAAGAUGGAGACAUCGACUUGGAAGCUCACACAUCGAAUAACUCUCGUGUCACAAUGCUAGUAUCUAACAUGGUGGACGAGAGUAAAUCUGAAUGUCAGCGUGUUGGAGCAUGGGGUAUUACAGGAGAAGGAACAGGAGGCCGUCUUGUCAGGGCUGGAAACACCUCACCCAUGAAGAGGGACCAACUAUUUGGACCUGAUAUGAGUGUCAAGGCUACUGAUCUUGUUGCCAUAGACAACAACACAGGAUUGAUCAGACCAAAACCAGGAACUAAAAUAGUUUUAGCAGACGGCAGUUUAAUAGAUGUUCCACCCAAUCAUUUCGUUCAUCCACAGACAGGCCAUGUUUUACCAAUACAAGGAAAUGUAGCAUACGACCCAGUUACUUCACGCCUUGUGUUUGUUGUAGACUCAGCAACAGGUGAAGCAGCCAGGGCAGAUGAACCAUUUAUACCUUUCGUACCUUUCCCAACCAGAGAUGGUCAACCAAUCAAAACCAAGCUUAAACCAAUGGAGCACAAGAGUGAUAUGAAAUUUGGUGCUCCUAUUUCUGAUCCUGUGACAGGAAUUCAUGUACCCAUCAUGGCUGUUACAAUGCACCCCCAGACUGGGGCAAUUCUACCAAUUGGUUGUACACAUGUUGACCCUGUGACUGGUUUACCAACACCAGUAGAAGUUGGAUCAGUAAUGGUUGAUCCUAACUCAGGACAAGCUGUACCUAUCUUAGCCGUCUCCUUGGACCCAUCUUCAGGUGAUGUUGUACCAGUAGGAGGAGUCAAACAAGGUGACAGAAGACCAAUACCCAUAAUUCCUGGUGACCUCUAUGUGGAACCAUUGAGUGGCAAGGUCGUUCGAGUCCACAGUGGAAUCUUACAAGACACAACUGUCCUGCCUUCAUCUGGAGGAUUCCAAGCUUUAUUAGAUUCCAGUGUACUGGCAUGUGAAGCAAGAGUUAACGAUGUCAUGGAUCAUUACACCAAGGCCGUAUUUAACCAAACUGGUACUAACAUCAACGUUAGACUGGAAGAGAGUAACAUGAUGGCUGCCAUAGCUGAGCUGGAGAAGGCUAGAGCUCGUAUGAAGUCACAUCUACUGAGAAAUCAACAUGAUACUGAGAGAAGACUUGAGAGAGCCUCAGUUCUAGCUGUCACAGGAGGCUGCCCAGGCAUGUAUGAAUUUUCCAAGACUGGACAAUUACUACCCAUUCUUGUUGGAACAACUAUGAUGGACCCUGCAGGUAGUGGACAGGAAGUGCCCAUUUUGGGUGCUGCCACAGACAAAAAGACUGGUAACACAGUACCACUAGGUGGCACAAUGGAGGACCCAGAAGGGGGAGGCUUGGUGCCAAUUUCAAUUGGUAAGAAAGCAGUAGAUCCUGUAACAGGAGUUAUGUCCCCUGUCAUCAGUGUCCGUAGCAACCCAGAUAAUGGUCUGGCAAUACCAGUCACUCUAUCAACAGGUGGAGCUAGGAAGAAAAAACCACCACCAGGUGCCCUCGCUAUGUUAGAAGAGGAGUUAGUUGCUCGUCGUACAUACUGGAGACGUCAAAGACAACACGAGAAAGAAGUCACAUACAAAGAACACCAAACAGCACAACAAUUACUGUUUGACAUGGAUUCAGUUACAUCUAAGACAAUUCAAAAAUUCUUGGAAGACAUUGAUGUUGAAGUGCACAAUAUGUCUGAAAGUGAGAAGCGAGAAUUCCAGAGACGUGGAGGCGCAGAACAAGAAUAUUCAUUGGUUGUCCCACCAGAUGUCGUUGCUGUCUUGACACAAGGUGAUGCCAAUGAACACAGCCAUGAAGAACUCCAUAUAGCUGCCCAUGUUAAGUUGUGUGAUGUUCUUAGAAAAUUCUACACCAAACUUCAACAGGAAGAGAAACAGUUCAAGGACAAAUUAGGUGACCUUGAUGGAGCCAUGAAUCCAGAUGCAGAAAACACAGCCAUGAAACGAUAUCGUCAAGCUAAAAAUAGACUUCAGGCAGAACUUCAGGAUCAUAUUAUCACCAGAAUGCAUGGUCUUGACGAGGCACACUCAGCUCUGGAGUAUGCUAGAGAGAGAUCUGAAUUGUGCGCUACCGAAGCUAAGAUGGUAUUGACACACGAGGCUUUAUUGGCUGGUGAUUUCGAUUGUCAAUUGUCAGGUGUGUAUGGCGAUGUUGAAAAUACAGGUGAAAAAGACUCUGAACUUAUACCAUUACUUAAACAAUUGAUAGCCAUGUUAGAAUCUGGAGGACCUUUCACUUUGUCGUCAGAGUUAUUGAACCUGAUUAACUCAGGCAAGAACAUUGCUGGUUCUCAAAACACAACAAACAUUACUAAUAUGGGCCAAGGUCAAGGUCAAGAUGGGGACAGAGGAAGUAACAAUCAAGAUAAGGAUAAGAAUGGAAAAGAUAACAACAAAAAAUCUAAAAAGAAGGACAAAGAAGAAGUUAAACAUGUGACUUCAAGUAUGGGCGGUACUGUGAUUGGAACAGGAGGACAAAAUUCAUCUGUAGAUGAUGGAAAUAUUUUCGGUGGAAAGAGUCAAGGCACUCAAGCAGAAUUACAGAGAGCUAUGUUUGAAAAGCAAGCUUAUGAGGCUGCAAAACUAGAAAAUGACCUGAAACGCAGUGAACUAGAUACAAUUAAUGACACUCUUGAUGAAUGUGAGAAAAAUAAACAGAGAGCUAUAGACGAGGCCAAGGCAGAUUUAGAGAGAAAGUUGGCCAAGGUUAAAACUGAACAGGAACGAGAGAAGGUCAUGAUAGACUAUGCUACAAAUAUGCAAAAGUUGAAUGAAUCUUUUGAGAAAAAUAAACAGAAACAAUUGGACACACUUAGACAGAAACUUCUAGAGCAUCGAAGACAGGGAAAGAAAGAUUUACACAGGAAACACAUUGGUGAAGCACAGGCCCAGGGACUUCCUGCUGAUUCAGUUCCUAGCGUCCAGAAUCAAUCGUAUGAGGAAUUGAUGAAGGAUCUGUUAAGAUUACAAAAACAACAAGAGGAAAUGAUGGCAGAAAUGAGGAAGAAGAGUGCAGAUGAAGGGGACAAGGUCAAACCUGCUGACAUUGACAAAGAACUGGAACAGCAAAUCAGAGCCAUGGACUUAUCCAAAGCACAGAAAGAACAAAUGAUUCAAUUGGCUAAUAAAAGGUCACAUGAACUGAGCAAGCAAGUUGAAGAUAUGAAGAAGAAACUAAGAGAAAGGAAGGAAAGAAAGAAGGCAGGAACUUUGACAGCAGAUGAAGAUCAGAAUCUCAGUGAAGAAGAAAAGAGAAAACUGAUGGAAGCGAGAGAAAUGCAGAAUGAUGCAGAUAGAAUGAUGGAAGAACAAGCCAUCCUGGAUACAAUGAAACUCAUGGAACAGGAACAAAAGAGAAAAGCAGAAGAAGAUGCUCUACGUGAAAUAUUGAAAAACGAGUCUGCUCAAGAGAGAGAUCGUAUCAUGGGUCAGUUCCAUCAACAGAUGAGGAAGAUGAACAAUCGUUUUGACGAUGAAAGAUCAGAAAUGGAGGACAAGGUCAAGGCUAAACUAGCAGCCAAGAAGCGUCUGAAAGAUGAACUUGAAAAGGAGAAGGCAGUUUCCAAAGAGUUAGAUAGGAUAACCAAAACACAUGUUGCUAAGGGUGAUGCUAACACAGCUGAAGUCAUCAUGCAAAUUAAUGAUAAGGUCAAUGGCGAAAAGAUGACAGCAGAUCAAGAAAAACUUCUCCGUGAACAGAUGGCCAAACAGGAAGAAAUAGAGAAGAAACAAUUAGACGAAGCAAGGAAAAUGAACCGAAACAUUGAGGAUGAAUUUGAUGCUGAACGACAGAGCAUUGAUGGUAACAUGGCUAGCCAGAAGAAAUUGUCUUUAGAGGCCCACACAUCUAAAUUUGAGAGAGACAUUGCACUGCAUCAUCCUAAUAUAACAGAUGCAGAAUACCAGAAACUCUUGGCCAAACAUAAAGCAGAGUUAGCUGCCCUUGAGAGAAAUCUUGAUGAAGAAAGAGAAAGACAAAACAAUGUCCUGAAAGCAAAGAUAAAACAGAGACAGAAGAAGAGAGCCGAGACAUUGGAGGAUAAACACAGGAUAGAAAGAGAACAAGAACUGGCUCGCCAACAACAAGAGAGAGACAGGCUGAAUGAGAAACUAGCCAGAAUUAUUGAGAAGUCAGCACUUGUUGAGAAUGUCAAGGGAAAAGAUGAUGACACUGUAGAAAACAUGAUCUACUCAGUACUCAGACAGAGACAUUUGAAGGAAGCUAUUCACCUGGAAGACCAACUCGCACGUGAACUGGCAGCAGCACGUCGUAGGGCUCGUGCAGACAUUGAAUCACGAAGAAAUGAAGAAAGAGACAGAUUAUUAGCUGUAUUUGAACAGGAAAUGAAGGAUCUGAUUGCUGACAGCAGUGACCUUUCACCUGAAGAACUGGCUCUUCGUAAAGAACAGCUGAGGAAACAACAAGAGAAACAACUGAAGGACUUUGACAACGUUACAACAAAACUUCUUGAACAAGCUCAGAAAGAAACCACACCACAACAGAAAAUCCAGGAAACUCAUGCACGGCUACAACUCAAAGAAAAACAACUCAACGAACUAGCCGAUGCCAUGAAACAGUACUCGCCUAAAGACGCCCUCUAUAAAAAAUACCAGGAGGAUGCUCGAUCGGCAACUGACGAAGCUAAGCGUUAUAAAGACGAUGUAUGGAAAAAGAUGCAAGAUGAGUACGAAAGACGUAAAGCUGAACAGAAACAAAGAGAGGAAGAAAAACAAAGGAAACUGAUGGAGCAAUUUAAGAAUAUGGAAAGAGAGAUGGAAGAAGAACAUCGUAGAGAAAUGCAGAGACAGAAAGAUCGAGAGGCAGAGAAAGAAAGAUUACGUAAACAACAAAUUGAGGAACGUGAUAGACGUCAACAAGAUGAGAUCAAAAAGAUGAAUGUCAAUGGAGAUGAGAAGGAACGGUUGCUAAGGGAACAUCAAGAACAGAUCAACAAAAUGAAAUCAAAUAUGGAGGAAGAACAGGCUCGCAGCAAAGCUAACCUCCAAGCUCGAUUGGAUGCUAGAAAGAAAAAUCGUAUUGACUCCAAUAAGGCUAAGUUAGAGAAAGAAUCAUUGUUAGACAUGAAUGCUGAACAUCGUGAAGAUUUAGCAAGAUUACAAGCAGAAGAUGACCUCACAAGUAGAUUGCCUCCAGUAGGUGGCAGCUCUGACUCCACUCCAGGUGGACCUAGUGGUGCUGGUGCCCCUGGCUCCUUUGUGUCAACAGGAAACCAGGAACAAGACUGGGUCAAUAUGUUAAUGAUGUCUCCUCUAUUUAAACAGAUUAAUGACCUUGCAGAGAUGUUAGACAAAACACCAGAAGGUGGAGCCACCAGUGAUAAAAUUAUGGGUGGAGAUUACAGCCAGGCUUACAUGGAUGUCAAGGAUGCACAAUGGCAAUGUAAAGGUGACCUUGUCCCAGUAGACAUCAACAACAUCACACCAAGUCAAUUCGUCAUCUAUCGUUACGGUGUGUUUGUCAUCCGCUUACUCCAUCAAAGUAUUGGCACACCUGAUGUCAGCCUCCUUCUGGCAUCAAACCUUCCACCAAACAACUACGGAAAGAAUGCAUUCAGGAACUCUGUCUUUUAUGAAAAUGGUCGUAGGAUUAUAUUUGUCCGUCGUGAAAGGAUGGAUUCCAUUGGUGAAUUUGUGGUAGUGAUUUUACACACACUUGCUCAUAUCAAAGUGGGAGAUAUGACAGAUGAUUCAAAUGCAUUGUUUUUGAGAGAAUUCUACAAGGCAUUACGAGUAGUCUGCCAAGAUAUGUUCUUCUCCAGAACUAAUAGCUCAUCUGCAGCAUCAUCCAUGAUGGGAGCACCCUCUGUAGGUUCCCGUACUGCACUGGAAUCAGCCCUGGGUCAGACCAGAAGUGCUGAUGAGAAGAUGAAUGUGAUAGGAGAUCUUGUAGAUAUGAAAGUUGAAGGACCAACACAACUUGAUUUCUCUGAACAGAGAAUGUCACAGAGACUGUAUGGUGCAGAGAGUCUUGCCAGUAAUGCUAGAUUACGACAGCACUUAAUGGCCAAGGGAGGAAUCAUGACCACCAGUGACUUUGUCAGUGUCAGAAUGGCUGAACUUAGAGGACUCAAAAGCCCACUCACUUCACCAAAAUCAAGUCCAAAGAAGCAGAUAGCUCCACCACCUGUUGGGUCUACACGUGAUCUACUGGACUCAAAGUUGAUGGACCUUGAAACCAAAAAUGACAGUCUAAACGAAGAAUUAGCACAGACAAUGAAGAAUGAAGCAGAGCUUCGAGAAGGCAUCAAAAGCAUGACAGACUCCCACGAUAGUCGUCUUCCCACGGAACAAGAGAAACUUGUCUCGCUCCUCGCCAAAAAAGAAGAUCUUAUGAAGAGAAUCGCUUAUACUGAAGCAGAUAUCACAAAGAAGGAGAAAGAACUCAAAUCAAAAAAGCGAUAAUUUCAGAUUUUCAAAUUUGACUUUUACAUGAACUUUGAAAACUCAAAUUAUUUGUGGAAUAUUUGUAGAUAAUUUUUCUAUGAUUUAAAAGACAAAAGCUUUCCAUCAUAAUUGUAAUACAUUUGUACUAAAUAAUAAUUUACCAAUGUUAAUUAAGGAUUUAAAUCAUAUUUUGAAAUGUUGAACAUGUUGAAUGUUAUAUUCAUAAACUUUAUGCAGCUCUCCGAGAAAUGAGGCAAAUUUAUGUUAGACGAAAAACUUGUCCAAAAAGCAUUCUGUGAUAUUUAUGAAUAUUCACCGUCCCUAGUUAUGUCCCUUGUUAAUAGUUGAUAUCUAUUCCCGUCCUUUCUUGUUCACUUAAUUUUUUUAAAUGUUGGUUUUUAUAUGUAAAUUUUUUAAUAUAUUUAUACAAUAGUCCCCUUUUUAUAGUUGACUUUGUUUCAAACGAAUGUCAUUUCUUAGGAUAUUUUUUUCAAAUGACAUUUUUUUUACAUAUUUAAGCAAAGACAUUUGGAAAAGUAUUUUUAAUGUUAACCUUUGUGGGGAAGGUUACAUUACAAAUAUUUUCCUGUUUGUUAAAUUGUUAAAUUUUCAGAAAGAUUUAUAUUUUUAUAUUUAUACACCAAAAACAUUCAAGUUAUUUAAAGUAAAACAAAAACCCAAAAUUGAUAAUCUCUCUUUAUUUGCUGCAAAAAUAUCAUGUAUUCUGUAGUAAAUUAAUUGUUAACAAUUUAAUGGUACUGAUCAAAUAUUGCUUUCAAUUUGAAGCUCCAAUCAAAAAGUACUUUUACUAACAUUAUUUAUUUUUUAAAUGAUUUUUAUUAUGACAAAGGUUAGAAUUAGCCUCCAAUAAUGUGCAAUCAUGAUUAAUAUAAUAAUAAUAACAAAUCUGCAAUAUUUAUACUUCUCUUGCAAUAUAUAUGUUUAUAUGUGAUUUUCAUUUGGACAAUUUAAAUUUAAUCAAAACCAAAAAUAAUCAAAGAACAUUUCUAAAGCUAUUUUUAAAGUAUCAGCAAUUUUUACAGAUUUUAAAAUUUAUCUUAAUAAUUGAAAAAAAUGUAUAUGCAAUUAUUAAUAAGUUGCUCAAGACAACAAUUUUGUGAUUUAACCAGGGCAGAUCUUGGAUUUGAAAAAAGGAGGUGUUAUUUCAGUAUUUGCAUUAUAGAUAUAAAAAAAAUUAAACGAUGUUAUGCCAAAACAAAAAUCAAAUAAAUUGUUAGAAACAGUAGUAUUUCUUUCCACUAUUAAAGGUGUGUACACCCUCUACAGCUCCCUGGAAAUGACACUGUUUGAUAAUAUGCUAUUUUUGACCAAAUGGAAAACACAUUUUUUGUAGAUUAUCGGAAUCAUAGAUAUUUUCCGUCCACUUGUUUUUUGACAUUCCAUCCACACCAUGUUUAAUGACUAAAAUUGUUUAUACAUAUUUAUUUUGUCAAAAUGGCUGGUCCAUUUAUUUUUUCUUUGUUGUACAUCCUUUUUUCUCAUAUACCGGUAUAUGUAUGUUGUACAUCAUGAAUUUGAACAUAAACACUAAUAACAUAUUUUGUAAUUUCAUCACUUAUUAUUUUGUUUUCUUUUUUGCUUAUUUUUUUUUAGCUAAAUAAAUAUAGAGCAUACUUAU